UCUGUGCUACUGAUUGAGAGUAGAAACUAAUUUCCUUGCUGUAGACAGCCGGAGCGCUCUCUCUCUCUAUCUCUCUCACAGACGCACGCACACUCCUUCUGUCCCCAUUUACUUGUAUACCAUUCAUGAACUUUAGAAUUAAGGGAUUGUUCUCAAUACUAAGGUCACUCAUCCCACCAUCACCCGCCACCCCUCUUCCCCUCCACCAUCACCACAUUCAGUCCCGAACCCUAGUGAAAGUCCGCCUGAAAUGGGUAAAGAAUCGCUCAUUAGACCACAUAAUCGACACCCACACGGACAUCAAAGCCGCGUACCUACUCAAAGACUCCAUUGUUCGCUCCUCCACGGGCUAUAUCACCUCUCAGUUCCUCUUAAAUACCCAAAAACUCCUAGGCCUCACUAUCCCAACUCUCCGCUUCAUUCGCCGGUACCCAACUCUUUUUGAAGAGUUUCCCCACCCGAAAUACCCUUCUUUGCCUUGCUUCAAACUCACCAGCAUUGGAACAACAUUGCAAAAUCAAGAACUAAGCAUAUUUCAAGAGCACCAGGAUGAUGUAGUCCAACGCCUCUGUCGGGUCCUCAUGAUGACCAAGAACAAAAUGGUGCCACUUCAGUCAUUACAUCCUUUGAAAUGGGAUUUGGGUUUGCCUGAUGAUUUUGACAGGAAUUUAGUGAAAAAGUGCCCGGAUCAUUUUCGGGUUGUUAAGGGGACUAAUGGGUUAGCUUGUUUGAAACUCGUUCAAUGGCAUAAUGAAUUUGCGGUUUCUGAGCUGCAAAAAAGUAAUGAGAAGGGGGAAUCGGGUAGUGGUACUGAAAAUAGUGGUAACAGUGUGAAUGGGUAUAGGCAAUUUAAGAGGGGACAAUCAGCAUUGGCAUUCCCGAUGAGUUUUCCGAGGGGCUAUGGGGCACAGAAGAAGGUGAAGGCAUGGAUGGAGGAGUUUCAGAAGCUGCCAUACAUCUCACCGUAUGAAGAUUCUAGGGGAAUUGACCCGAAUAGUGAUCUUAUGGAGAAGAGGGUUGUUGGAGUUUUACAUGAGUUUUUGAGCUUGACUAUUUACAAGAAAACUAAGAGGAAUUACCUGAGGAGCUUGAGAGAUGAAUUGAAUCUUCCCCAAAAGUUCACGCGAAUUUUUACAAGAUAUCCUGGGAUAUUCUACUUGUCGCUGAAGUGUAAGACUACGACUGUGGCUUUGAGAGAAGGGUACAGGAGGGGGAAACUAGUGAACCCGCAUCCGCUUGCUCGACUUAGGGAGAAGUUUUAUUAUGUAAUGAGAACGGGGUUAAUCUAUCGGAAUAAAGGUGUGGACAUGAUACCUCAGCUUGACAAUGUGGUGAAUGAUGAGCAAAAUGGGAUAGAAGAAGAAGAGUCUGAGGAAGAAGAGAUUGAAAUGAGUGAUGAAUGCUUCGAGGAGGGAAGCUCAGAGUCAGAGAUUGGAUCUGAUGAAGAUUAGCAUUCCGGUUAACAAAUACAGCAAUAGAGACAUAAUUGAAAUAGGAAAAAAUAUGUCAGCUCUGAAUGUAAGGAAAUUUAGCGCAUUGUGAGAAUUUUUUGAUAGAUAACAGAUAGCAAGUCUUGUCUUAGUGAAAUACGAAAAUAGAUAUUAAAUAUGAGUUAGCUCCAAUUAAAGUUAAAGUUGUUGUCCAAUGGAAAUCUCUAUGUUUAAUAUUUCUUUUUAUCAUCUUAGCAAGAGCAUGGGAUUGAAGGUUAUUGACCAUUA